UUUAUAUAGAAAAAAGCAAAGAAAGAUUUUUGUCACCAAGUCGUUAAAGCGGCAACGUUUAGUUACAAUCCCUUUACGGUUCAACAAUGGCUCCCGUAGCGAAGAAAGAAAAGAAAGAAGUCAAGGAUAAAUCCAAAAAUCCUAUGAAAGAGCUGCACAUCCGCAAGCUAUGUUUGAACAUUUGCGUGGGUGAAAGUGGUGAUAGACUUACCCGGGCAGCAAAGGUGUUGGAGCAAUUAACUGGACAACAACCAGUGUUUUCAAAGGCCAGAUAUACUGUAAGAUCCUUCGGCAUUCGUCGUAAUGAAAAAAUCGCUGUUCACUGUACAGUCAGGGGAGCUAAAGCAGAAGAAAUUCUAGAAAGAGGUCUUAAAGUAAGAGAAUAUGAGUUGAGGAGGGACAACUUUUCAGCAUCGGGAAACUUUGGGUUUGGCAUCCAAGAGCACAUCGAUUUGGGUAUCAAAUAUGAUCCCAGUAUUGGUAUUUAUGGUUUGGACUUUUAUGUUGUGUUGGGUAGGCCUGGUUUCAAUGUAGCCCACAGACGUAGGAAACAAGGCAAAGUUGGUUUUCCUCAUCGACUGACAAAAGAGGAUGCUAUGAAGUGGUUCCAACAGAAAUAUGAUGGAAUUAUCCUAGCCAGCAAAAAGUAAUAACAUAAGUUUUAUGUUUUGACAUUUAAUAAAUUUCCUAAUUUAAAA